AUGGUCUACUUGUGGCCAUGGCUUGGUGCCUUAAUGGCCCUGCCUCUCGCUCUUGCGGGAAAAUCAGGCGAUGCAGUGCCUAGUUCAUAUAUCAUCGAAUUUAGCGGCGCUCAUAUUUCCGCCCAAUCUUUCAUCGACUCGCUCACUCAUAGAGGCAUUCCUGCCAAUCUCAAACAAGACUUGUCCUUCUCCCUCUUCCAUGGAGGAUCAUUCAGCCUGACAGGCAACCCGCAGAAUGAAGAUGCUACCAUCAAGAGAAUCUCUUCCUUGGCAUCCGUAAAAUUCGUUACACCCGUUCGCGAGCUUCAUCUCCCUCCUCGUCAAGUCUCAACUGCCCAUGAUACUUCAUUCCAGCGUCACCAUGAAAAUAUUCUCAGCCGCCGUGGCCAGAGCUUCGCUGUUGGUAAUAACGACUUCCCUCACGUCAUGACUGGUGUCGACCGCCUGCGCGACGAGGGUUACCUUGGCAGUGGACUGAGAGUGGCCGUAGUGGAUACUGGUAUUGACUACAAGCAUCCUGCACUUGGUGGCUGUUUCGGCGAGGGUUGCUUGGUCUCGUUUGGAUGGAACCUUGUUGAUAACACCACCGAUCCUUACGAUAAUUGCGACGGCCAUGGAACACACGUUUCCGGUUUGAUUGCUGCCCAGUCAAACGCUUACAACUUCACUGGUGUCGCGCCUAAUGUGACACUUGGUCAUUAUAAGGUCAACAAAUGUAAGCAGGGUUCUUCCACCGACCAAAUGAUGCAAGCUUUCAGAAUGGCCUUUGAGGAUAAAGCCGACAUUAUCACCGCUUCUAUUGGUAGCUACAGUGUCGGAAACGACGGGGCGUAUGGUAUGUUCUAUGCUUCAGACGGAGCAGAUGGAAAGGGAGCUACAGGUGUUGGAUCUGUUAACAACGUAAUGGCUCCCAUGCUGCUCAACAAGGCCACUUACUCGACAAAAAAUGGAACUAAUGAGUUUGGCUGGUCGCUUUCUGGAACUGCGGACUUCAAGAACGGGACCUAUCAACUUUACCCUCUCAGCCUCAAUUCGUCGAUUGUGGGUGAUGGUUGUGAAGCGCUGCCAUCUAGCACCCCGGAUCUCUCGAAAAAGAUCGUUCUCAUCAGACGCGGCGGCUGUGCCUUCUCCUUGAAGGCAGCCAAUGCCGCCAAUGCUGGCGCAAAGAACAUUCUCUUCUACAACGAUAUCCCUGGCGUCGACCAGUUCUCUUUUACUAACGACAAACUGGUUGGUAUCGAGACCCUUUCCCAGCGGCCACUCUCUUUUGGCAGCGACAGUGAUCCAAAUACUCUUUAG